CUGCUGACCCUACACCACAAGAAAAUGCUCUUCUCUGUGAUCUUACUCUAUACAGCCUAUACAUUGCAGAUCUUGGCUGUUGGCGCAAACCGAGCUGACCCUCCUCUGAUAUCGGUUAUUCCAAGCCCCCUCCUUCUUAUCGGGAACAAUGUGACCAUCCGGUGCCAAGGAGCCGAGCAAGAGGACAAGUUCAUUCUAUAUAAAAAUGGAGCGCCACUGAGAGAGGGGACACCUGCGGGGGAAACAGCAGAAUUUUACAUUUGUAAUGCACAAAGAAAAGAUGCAGGAAAUUACUUCUGCAUGAGGAAAGUAGACCGCAGGUUUACCAAUCAUAUAACAAUCAUAGUGAAAGGAGAAGAUGACAUUGUGCAGAUAUUGGCUUUGCCCAGUACCAGCGUCUCUGCGGGAGGCAACCUCACCAUCCAGUGCCAAACAGCAAAGCAAGGAGAUACCUUUGUUUUAUAUAAAGAUGUUGAUGUUGUAACAGAGCAGGAACCUGCAGGAGAAAUAGCCCAAUUCCACAUAUACCCUGUACAACCAAAGGAUAAAGGAAUGUACUACUGCCUGAGAAAAUCCAGCCAAUCAAAAGUCCAGAUUAGCAGUCGAAUAGAAGUUAUUAUAGAAGGAGAAGAUGACAUUGUGCAGAUAUCGGCUUUGCCCAGUACCAACGUCUCUGCAGGAGGCAACCUCACCAUCCAGUGCCAAACAGCAAAGCAAGGAGAUACCUUUGUUUUAUAUAAAGAUGAUGAUGUUGUAUCAGAGCAGGAACCUGCAGGAGAAAUAGCCCAAUUCAAUAUGUACCCUGUACAGCCAAAGGAUACAGGAAUGUACUUCUGCCUGAGAAAAUCCAGCCAAUCAGACAUCAAGGUUAGCAAUGAAGUAGAAAUCACCAUAGAAGGUGCAGGUGAUGAGGUUUCCAGACCAAAUGCAGAUUAUACUAUAACAAAUUCAGUACAACUGGGACUGGCAGGACUUCUCCUUUUAAUCACCAUUUUCCUUGUUAUUGAGAACUGCCGAACCAAGAAGAACCAACUACAACAGCAACGAGACUAUCACAAUUAUAAUCUGUAUUCUGUUCAGUGUUAGGCCUUUCUGCAAUUCCAUAGAAAUGCAUUUGGCAAAAAAACAGAAAGCAAAUCCAAGGACCAAACUGUAAAGUGGUUAAUUUUAUUAUGAUGUAUACAAUGGUAUUCUGAGCAGCUUUGUGGUUUCUACAUUUGGAUCCUAGCAACCAGGCAUUUGCUUGAACGACAAGAUAAAGGAUGGAGAAUGUAAAAAAAACUGAGCAAAGCAAACAUAAUCACUGAAAACCACAAAAAAUGUGACACAGGAUAGCUGGUGCAGAUAUACCCACAAUAUAAAAACAUAUUGAUAUAACUGUAUAUAGUGUACAUGGAAGCGCCAGAUUGUUAUAGCUGUUACAUGACAUGAAACCAUUAAUACAGUGAAUUCAAUUCCAACACUUUAGCAAGCACUUGGCAGACACUGCAACGUUGCAACAAUCACAGCUACAAAUUAUUGAAUGUGACGGCGCAUUUAUAGGCAAUUAACCAUAAUGAUUUCCCACAGAUCAUUUAGAAUGAAACUGAUGUAAUUUCUAAGCAUUGCGUAUGAUUAAUGUGCCAUCUAGAGGUCCAGUAACAUACUGCAUUGUUUCGUAUCGCACAUGUCCACCAUAGGGCGCGUUUAUCCGAAAACCUGAUGCUAUUUGCCUUACCCAGCAGAAAUCUCUUGCGAUGCGUAAUAAGAACAUGUGAAUCACUCACUCAAGAAAAUUGGAAAAAUAGAUAUUCUAGCUAGGUAUUAACCAUGCAUUGACAUAAAUAAGAGACUGGAAUAUGAAUAGAAAGAUGGAUAGAAAAAUAGGUCAUAAAAAGUAGCAAUUACAACAAAUUUGUAUCUUACAGAGCAUUUGUUUUUUUAGAUGGGGGUCAGUGACCUCCAUUUGAAAGCUGGAAAGAAUCAGAAGAAGUUAAAUAAUUAAAAAAACUAUAAAUAAAAAGAAAUGAUGAAGACCAAUUGAAAAGUUGCUUAGAAUUGGCCAUUCUACAACAUACUAAAAUUUAAAGGUGAACCACCGCUUUAGCGAAACUCAGGGAUUCUGCUGAGCAGGACCAAAGAAAAGAAAUGUAGCAACUAAAUGUAUCGAUUUAGAACAGUUUACAGAGUCGAUGACCCCCUUCCCAGAGCGCUUUAGAAAGAACUAAGGUGAAAAACUGAAUUUUACAAUAUUUGCAAUAUUAGUAAAAUGAUUACAAAUAAAAACUAAGUG